AUGCCGAAGUCGCCAAUCUGCCCAGCAGCAUCAAACAGGCUCAAACGUCACAUUUAUGAAAAUGUUGGUGCAGGUUAUCAAUGUAACCUUAAAUCCACCCUGAAGAAGAAGUUCCAGUGUGUGUUUGAGGGCAUUGCUAAAGCAGGAAACCCAACCCUCCUGAAUCAGAUCUACACAGAGCUCUACAUCACAGAGGGAGGGGCUGCAGAGGUCAGUGAGGAACAUGAGGUCAGACAGAUUGAAGCAGCAUCGAGGAAACCACACAGACCAGAAACAACAAUCAGACAAGAAGACAUCUUUAAAGGCUCACCUGGAAGAGAUGAACCAAUCAGAACAGUGCUGACAAAGGGAGUGGCUGGCAUUGGGAAAACAGUCUUAACACAGAAGUUCACUCUGGACUGGGCUGAAGACAAAGCCAACCAGGACAUCCAGUUCAUGUUUCCAUUGACUUUCAGAGAGCUGAAUGUGCUGAAAGAGAAAAAGUUCAGCUUGGUGGAACUUGUUCAUCACUUCUUCACUGAAACCAAAGAAGCAGGAAUCUGCAGCUUUGAACACUUCCAGGUUGUGUUCAUCUUUGAUGGUCUGGAUGAGUGUCGACUUCCUCUGGACUUCCACAAAACUACAAUCCUGACUGACCCUAGAAAGUCCACCUCUGUGGAUGUGCUGCUGGCAAACCUCAUCAGGGGGAACCUGCUUCCUUCUGCUUGCCUCUGGAUAACCACACGACCUGCAGCAGCCAAUCAGAUCCCUCCUGAGUGUGUUCACAGGGUGACAGAGGUCAGAGGGUUCACUGACCCACAGAAGGAGGAGUACUUCAGGAAGAGGUUCAGAGAUGAGGAGCAGGCCAGCAGGAUCAUCUCCCACAUCAAGACAUCACGAAGCCUCCACAUCAUGUGCCACAUCCCAGUCUUCUGCUGGAUCACUGCUACAGUUCUGGAGGAUGUGCUGAAGACAAGAGUGAUAGGAAAGCUGCCCAAGACCCUGACUGAGAUGUACAUCCACUUCCUGGUGGUUCAGGCCAAAGUGAAGAAGGUCAAGUAUGAUGGAGGAGCUGAGACAGAUCCACACUGGAGUCCAGAGAGCAGGAAGAUGAUUGAGUCUCUGGGAAAACUGGCUUUUGAUCAGCUGCAGAAAGGAAACCUGAUCUUCUAUGAAUCAGACCUGACAGAGUGUGGCAUCGAUAUCAGAGCAGCCUCAGUGUACUCAGGAGUGUUCACACAGAUCUUUAAAGAGGAGAGAGGGCUGUACCAGGACAAGGUGUUCUGCUUCAUCCAUCUGAGUGUUCAGGAGUUCCUGGCUGCUCUUCAUGUCCAUCUGACCUUCAUCAAGUAUGGACUCAAUCUUCUGGAAAAACAAACAACUUCUCAGAAGUCUAAAAGAAGAAAUUCUAAAGAAAGUCCAUUGUUAUUCCAUCAGAGUGCUGUAAACAAGGCCUUACAGAGUCCAAAUGGACACCUGGACUUGUUCAUCCGCUUCCUCCUGGGUCUUUCACUGCAGACCAAUCAGACUUUCCUACGAGGCCUGCUGACACAGACAGGAAGUAGCUCACAGACCAAUCAGGAAAUAGUGUCACAUAUUGAGAGGAAACUCAGUGAGAAUCUGUCUGCAGAGAAAAGCAUCAACCUGUUCCACUGUCUGAAUGAACUAAAUGAUCGUUCUUUAGUGGAGAAGAUCCAACAGUCCCUGAGAUCAGGAAGUCUCUCCACAGAUAAACUGUCUCCUGCUCAGUGGUCAGCUCUGGUCUUCAUCUUACUGUCAUCAGAAGAAGAUCUGGAUGUGUUUGACCUGAAGAAGUUGUCUGCUUCAGAGGAGGCUCUGCUGAGGCUGCUGCCAGUAAUCAAAGCUUCCAACAAAGCUCUAUUGAGUGUCUGUAACCUCUCAGAGACAGGAUGUACAGCUCUGUCCUCAGUUCUCAGCUCCAAGUCCUCUAGUCUGAGAGAGCUGGACCUCAGCAUUGAUGGCUUGCAGGACUCAGGAGUGACAUUUCUGUCUGCUGGACUGGAGAAUCCACACUGUUGCCUGGAAAUUCUCAGACUGAGUCACUGUAACCUCUUAGAGAGAGGCUGUAAAGCUCUGUCAUCAGUUCUCAGCUCCCAGUCCUCUAGGCUGACAAAGUUGGACCUGAGUAACAACGACCUGCAGGAUUCAGGAGUGAAGCUUCUGUCUGCUGGACUGAACACUCCAAAUUGUCAACUACAAACUCUCAGUCUGUCAGGCUGUCUGGUCACAGAGGAAGGCUGUGCUUCUCUGGCUUCAGCUCUGAGUUCCAACCCCUCCCAUCUGCAAGAGCUGGACCUGAGCUACAAUCAUCCAGGAGUCUCAGGUGUAACCCUUCUCUCUGCUGGAGUUAAGGAUCCACACUGGAGACUAGACACUCUCAGGGCGGAGCCUGCUGGAGUGCGAUGGCUGAUCCCACAACUCACAAUCGACACAAACACAGUACACAAGGAACUCAAACUGUCUGACAACAACAGGAAGGUGACACGUGUGGAGGAGGUUCAGUCAUAUCCUGAUCAUCCAGACAGGUUUGGUUAUUGGUCUCAGCUGUUGUGCAGAGAUGGUCUGACUGGUCGCUGUUACUGGGAGGUCGAGUGGAGCGGAAAAGUACGUAUGUCAGUGAGUUACAGAGGAAUAAAGAGAGGAGGCAGUGAUGACAGUGUGUUUGGCUUCAAUGAUCUUUCUUGGAGUCUCCUCUGCUCAAAUGAUGGUUAUUCAGCCUCUCACAAUAACAGACACACAUCCAUCUCCUCCUCCUCCUCCUCCUCCUCCUCUGGCUCUAACAGAGUAGCAGUGUAUGUGGACUGUCCUGCUGGCACUCUGUCCUUCUACAGAGUCUCCUCUGACACUCUGAUCCACCUCCACACCUUCAACACCACAUUCACUGAAACACUUUAUCCUGGGUUUGGGGUUGUUUGGUCCGGUGACUCGGUGUCUGUGCUGAGCUGA